AUGGAUGAUGUGGUUGAGAUGUCGUUGAUUUGUGAAAAUUGUUCGCUCUCGGUGAAUGGUAGAAUUUUCCAGAUUGAUCUGAUUUGUUUACCACUUAAUAAGGUUGAUGUGGUUUUGGGGAUGGAUUCGCUUUCCGCCAAUUCGGUGUUUAUUGGAUGUGAAGAGAAGUUGAUUAUCAUCCCACCUAGUGAAGCUACUCCAAAGGAUAUAUUAACUACUAUCUUGGAAGGUACGGUUGGCAUGGUUAAUUUCUUAUUUGAGAAGGAAAAGUCAGUUCUCUUGGUUCUCACCAAGGAAUCUAGCGACAAUCUGAGUGUUACACAAAUUCCUAUCGUUUGUGAAUUUCCGAAAGUUUUCCCUGAGGAUGUCACUUCUUUUCCUCCUGAAAGGGAAGUGGAAUUAUCUAUUGAUCUGAUACCUGGGACGGCUCCAAUAUCCGUUUCUCCGUAUCGUAUGGAACUGCUCGAGUUGGGAGAGUUGAAGGAGCAAUUGGAAGAGUUGUUAACCAAGCAUUUCAUCUGA